CAGAGGCAAGGCAUACUGUGCUGUGUGGAAUACAGACAGAGGUUUAACUCAGUCAAGAGAGGUUUUAAAUCCAGUGGGCAUGUGGAGAGGUAGACAGUACGAAAUACAAACAGCUGGUUGUUUCUUUUUUUCCUUUGUUUUUCAUUAUUCCUUUAAUCAUUUUUAAAUUAUGGGUUAUUCACCUGAAUGCUCAACUGUAUAGCAGUGCUUGGUGCAGAGCCCCCAAAACAGGAAAGGACAACAAAAGAGCUUACCCAUUUUAUACUUGCAUCAUCUUAUCAGACCAAUAAUCAAAGCAAUUCAAAACAGUUCCAGUUUAUCCAGUUUACCAAUUUUAUCCACAAAAAGGCUUCACUUGAGGCAAUUCUGAACCUCCGGUAACAUGGGAACACAAGACCUGCUUCUGAGAUGUUUGCUCUUUGCCACUCUAAUGACUUUGAAUCAAUCUGGCUUGGUAAAGAAGGUUCUACAGCACCAAAGGCAAGAGAUGACAGUCCCAAGUACACAAAAUGUCACCCAGCCCAGCCCUGAAAAGUCAUUCAUCUACAGCCAUGUCUAUAAUAUUAAUGUUCCAGCCAGCUCCUUCUGCUCUGUGGACCUAGAUUCUCCAGGUCUUACAGAGCUUGAGCCAAGAGAUGCAACAGUAGAAUCACAGGCCACGGACUACGCCUUUAAUAGACAGAAUGAGAUUGUCUUCACCCACCGCAUUAACAUUCCCAAGCAGGCAUGUGGCUGUACAGAUGGCCAUCCUGAACUGAGAGAGCUUCUGAACCGGCUGGAAAUGUUAGAGGAUGAAGUAUCUACUCUUAGAGAGCGAUGCGGAGGGCAUUCUACCUGCUGUGGAGCACAGGUCACAGGAGAGGUAGGAACCAAGCCUUACUGCAGUGGUCAUGGAAACUACAGCACUGAAAUAUGUGCAUGCAUCUGUGACAAGGGCUGGAAGGGCCCCAACUGCACGCUGUCUGAUUGUCCAAAUGACUGCAGCAACCAGGGCCAUUGUGUUGAUGGGAAAUGUAAAUGCUUUGAUGGCUAUUCGGGCAAGGAUUGCAGUAUGCAAAUCUGCAUUGUUGACUGUGGUAGCAAUGGGCAGUGCAUCAAUGGAAUCUGUGUCUGUGCUGAGUCUUUCUCUGGGGACGACUGCUCAAAGACAGCUUGCCUCAACAAUUGCCUAGGCCGUGGCCACUGUGUGGAUGGAGAUUGUGUGUGUUAUGACCCCUGGACUGGUUUUGACUGUUCAGAGCUUAUAUGCCCCAAUGACUGCUAUGACCGUGGACUUUGUGUCAAUGGUACCUGCCUUUGUGACAAAGGCUUCAGAGGCGAAGAUUGUGGAGAACGAGUUUGCACCAAAAACUGCACGGGGCAUGGCCGCUGUGUGGAUGGCAAGUGUAUUUGUAAUCCCGGGUAUACAGGUGAAGACUGUGCAACACUGACCUGCCCAAACAACUGUAAUGAAAGAGGUCACUGUUUUAAUGGGAUUUGCAUUUGCAACAAUGGCUACCAGGGUGAAGACUGCGGUGUUCUUUCCUGCCUGAACAAUUGCUUUAACAGAGGACAAUGUGUCAAUGGCAAGUGUGAAUGCAAUGCUGGUUUUCAGGGAGACGACUGUUCAGAACUCUCCUGCCCCAACAACUGUAACAACCAGGGUCGCUGUGUUAAAGGACAGUGUGUGUGUGUGGAAGGAGUUGGAGCUGAGGAUUGUAGUGUUAAAACCUGCUCAUCUGACUGCAGUGGCCAGGGUCAGUGUGUGGAUGGGACGUGUGUGUGCUUUGCAGGUUUUUGGGGUGAGGACUGCAGUGAGCUGAGCUGUCCAAACAAUUGUCUGCACCAUGGCCACUGUGUAGGAGGCCAGUGCAUCUGUGAUGAAGGCUUCACUGGGGAGGAUUGUAGUCAGUUAAAAUGUGUGAAUGACUGCCUAGGACAUGGACACUGUGUGGAUGGCCACUGUAUAUGUAUGGAGGGCUACACAGGUGAGGAUUGCUCUAUUACAACCUGCCCUGCAAACUGCAACAACCAUGGGCAUUGCAUCAAAGGUGUAUGUCUCUGUGAUGAAGAUUUUGGGGGCAAUGACUGUAGUGAAAGAAAAUGUCCAAAGCACUGCCAUGGACUGGGCCAGUGCGUGGAUGGACAAUGUGUCUGUAAUGAAGGCUACAUUGGUGAGGACUGUUCAGAAGUAUCUCCACCAAAAGACCUGAGUAUCAGUGAGAUAACCCCAAAGACUGUGAACCUGACCUGGACCAAUGAGAUGCUGGUGAAAGAAUACUUGAUCACCUACAUUCCCACAUCAUCAGAUGGCUUGCAGCUGGAUGUUCGUGUGCCUGGGGACCUCACAACUGCAACCAUAACUGAAAUUGAGCCUGGCAUUGAAUACUCCAUCCACGUUUAUGCCAUCCUCGAUAAUAAGAAAAGUAUUCCAGUUGGUACCAGAGUGGCCACAAAUCUGCCACAGCCUGAGGGCCUGAAGUUUAAAUCCAUUGGAGAAACAUCUGUAGAGGUGUUUUGGGAACAGCUGGACAUUCCAUUAGAUGGCUGGGUGCUCACCUUCCGCAACACGAAAGAAGAGAAUGGGAAAAUAGUGAACACUUUACCUCCUUCCCAAACGCAUUUUGAGCAGUCAGGGCUUGGGCCAGGACAGCAAUAUGAAGUCUCUGUCAGCAUCAUCAAGAACAACAUCAAAGGGAUCCCACUGAGUAGAACUAUAGUGACAAGAAUUGAUGCUCCAGAUGAGGUUGAAGUCCGAGACGUGACAGACACAUCAGCCAUGGUCUCUUGGUCCAGGCCCGUGGCAGAGGUGGACAAAUUUAUUGUAUCUUAUGGCCCGGCCAAAGUCUCAUCAGCCUGGCAUGACAUGGAUGUACAUGCCACAAUCAUGCAACAUAUUCUGGAGGGACUAGAGCCAGACACUGACUAUCAGGUCUCUAUCAGUUCAAAGAAGGGAGACAUCGCUAGUGAACCCAUUUAUGAGAGCUUCACCACAGGCCUGGAUGCUCCUCAAGACCUCCAGAUUGUGGGUCAGACUGAUGACAGCAUCACUGUAAAAUGGAAAAAUAGUCGUGCAUUUGUGGAUGGCUAUCAUGUCAAAUACGGUCCUGUUACUGGAGACACCCUUAGGGAAGAUAUGGUCCCCAAAGGACUAGGAGACACAACACACGCUACCUUUACUGACCUGAAGCCUGGGACAGAAUAUGUUAUUGGAGUUACAGCAGUUAAAAAUGAAAAGGAGAGCCAGCCAGCCACUGCCAGUGCAGUGACAGGUCUUGAUGCUCCACGAGAUCUGGAGGCAAUUGAAGUCACAGAAACCACAAUGGUCUUGCUCUGGAAAAAGCCCAGAGCCAAUAUCACAAACUACAGGCUGGUAUUUGUUUUCACUGAUGGCCAGUGGGAGGAGCUGAGUCUUCCUGCUGAUGCUACCACCUAUACCCAAAAACACCUGGUGCCUGGGAAGCACUAUAACAUCACCUUGGUGGCAGAACAUGGUCAGAGGAAGAGUGCCCCCGCUACCCUUACUGCAUCCACAGCAUCUUUCACUUUUUAUUUAGCCAACUCAUUCCCUGAGCUCAAUACUACCAAGGAUUCAGAUGACAAUUUCAUUAGCUUUACAUCUCUAGAGAUAUCUGAGUCCCAGAGAACUGGGACUGGACAUGAGGACUUACCAGGCACCUUGACUGUGUCCAACAUCACAUCAGAUGGAUUUGAUAUUUCAUGGGUGCCAAAGCCCCACAUUUUAUUUGACAGUUACAUUGUAGAAAUCCAAGAUUUCUCAGGGAAAUUCAACCAUGAGGUUCAUCUUCACGGGCAAGCAGCAAGCAGUAGAAUCCAUGACUUACAUGCUUCCACAAAGUACCAAAUAAGGCUUUAUGGAAUAUCGAAUAGCCAGAGAUCUUCACCAUUAGAAGCAGUGGCAAUUACAGCACCACAGUCUACCUCUCCAGAUGUUGUUGCUUUGAACCUCAUAAGUUCCCCAACAAAGCAGCCAACUUCUCAAACAGAUCCUGUCUAUACUCCGGUAACUGAAGAGGCAAAUGUUAUAGGCUCAGUUGUAAAACCUGAAGGUUCAACUCUACCUAAUUUAAAGGUUUCUGAUGUAACCCAAACAAGUCUGAAGCUGUCUUGGUCAGAGCCAGAAGAGGCCUUUGAUAGCUUCCUGGUUGAGCUGGUAUCAGUGUCAGAUAUGUCAAAAGUUAAUGUAACAAACAUAUCUGGUGGAGCCAGGGAUGUCCAAAUACUUCACUUGGUCCCUGGAAUGCUGUACAAUAUUAAUUUCUAUGGUCUUUGGGAAGGAAAGAAGAUUCAACUAGUCAAUGCUCAUGCCAAGACAGAGCAAAAGAAGCCCUUGAUUGAAAGUGUCACUGUGUCUGAUGUGUCAUGGGGCAGUUUCAAUGUAUCCUGGAGCACUGAAAAGGGUUCUGCCUUUGAAAACUUUGUGAUUGAGGUGGCAGAAUCAGAGGGUGGCCAAAAAAGGCAGAACUUCUCAUUGUCUGGAGAUUCUCAGAGUCUGCGCAUUACUGGCCUUAGCCCCAACACCUCAUACACAAUUGCUUUGUAUGGAGUAUAUCAGGGGUACCUUUUUGAACCUCUCCACACUGAAGCUAUCACAGUGAGUAUGCCAGCGGUUGGAAAUCUGUAUGUGUCUAAUGUGACCUCAGAAAGCUUCUCCAUUGCCUGGAAUGGCACAAAAGGAAGUUUUGAUGGUUUUAUCCUGGAGAUAAUAGACUCAAGUUCAUUGAGAGAGCCAGAUGAAUAUAACCUAUCAUGCAAUGCAGUAUCCUAUAAUAUCACUGGCUUGAUGCCAAGCACUGACUAUAUAGCCUACCUCAGUGGAGUUGUGAAGGGAACAAGAAUACACACCGUCAGUGCUUUUGCUUCCACAGCGGCAGAGCCAGAUUUGUCUGGGCUAGUUGUUUCUAACAUUACCUCAGACAGACUGUCACUCUCCUGGCGGAUGGGAGAAAAGAUGUAUGAUAACUUUAUAGUCGAGGUGAGAGAGUCUGCUUUGCCCUCGCAGGCUAUGGGGCGUUCUCUGCCCAUUGGGGCACGCUCCACAGUGCUGAGUGGGCUUAAAGGAGACACACAAUACCACAUCAAGCUGUAUGCUACCUCUGGCAACCACAAUUCAGCUCCUCUGACUACUGUGGUCACCACAGAACCCAAGGCCCAGCUGGGCGCUAUAAUGGUGUCUGAUAUAUACCCAAAUAACUUCACCCUGUCCUGGAGUACAAUGAAAGGCCACUUCGAUGGCUUUGUUAUUCGUGUCAGUGACCAAGAGCAAUUGCAUGAUAUAGUCGAGUUGAAACCUUCAGGUGUAGCCAGAAAUGUUACUGUAUCUGGUCUUGUGGACUCCACAGUCUAUGAUGUACUGCUUUAUGGCAUUUCUCAUGGUGGCAGAACCCCUACAGUUUCCCUUCAUACCACUACAGCCUCGUUGCCCAAAGUGGAAAACGUCACAGUUUCAGAUAUUACUCCAUUUGGUUUCCGAGUGUCCUGGACAGCACAAUCAAGUGAGGGUUUCAGCCAUUUUCAACUAAAGGUGUCAGAUUUUGGUCAACUGCUGGAACCACAGGAGUUCCUGAUCCCAGGCAACCAGAACUCACUGGAAAUCUGGGGCUUGAUUACUGGCAUUGGCUAUGAGAUCAAUCUGACUGGGGUUUCGCAGUCAGGGCUGCAAUCCCGGUCAGUGACCACAGAAGCUGUGACAGAAGCUGAACCUGAGAUUGAGCACCUUUUCGUGUCGGAUGUCACUCCGGAGAGCUUCCGUCUGGCCUGGACAGCAGAAGACAUCUUUGAUCGAUUUGUGAUUAAAGUUAGGGAUUCCAAAAAGCUCAUCCAUCCACAAGAGUUCAAUGUCCCUGGGGAUGAGAGAACCAAAGUUCUAACAAAGCUUACUGGGGGGACUGAGUAUGAAAUUGAGAUAUAUGGUGUCACUUUGGAACAUCGCUCUCAGCCCCUUACAGCUGUGGCCAGAACAGGCCUUGGGGCUCCACAGGGCAUUCACUUCUCUGAGGUCACAGACACCUCUGCCAUUGUUCACUGGAAUAUGCCUCGUGAGAUGACUGAUACUUUCCGCAUCACUUAUGUACCACUACAAGGAGGGGACCCUGCAAUAGUGACAGAAGUGGAUGGUUCACAGUCACAGACUCAGCUUACAAACCUGAUCCCUGGUGAGACAUAUCAAGUAACAGCCAUUGCAAUGAAGGGCCUGGAAGAGAGUGACCCAGUGUCAGACAUUCUCACUACAAAUGUGGACAUGCCACAGAAUCUGACAGCUGUCAGUAUUACAGAUAUAGAAGCUCUGCUGCAGUGGCAACCACCUGUUGCCAAAGUGGACGGAUAUGUAAUUACAUACCUUGCAGACACAGUGGAACCAGUGAUGAAAUGGGUAUCUGGCAACACUGUAGAGUUUGAGAUUAAUUCUUUGCAUCCAGCCACUCAAUACACAGUAAGCAUAUAUGCCACAACAGAUAGCCAGAAAAGUGCCCCUGCCAACACUAACUUUACUACAGAUGUGGAUGCUCCCUGGGAUCUUGUGGCCAGUAAUAUUCAAACUGAUAGUGCUGUUCUCACCUGGAAACCACCUCGCACACCCAUCGAAAGCUAUGUGCUAUCCUUUGAAUCAUCUGAUGGCAUUAUCAGGGAACUGAUUCUGGACCCUUCAGCGACUUCACACAGGCUGCUGAAGCUAAAUGAAUCCACUCAGUAUACUGUCAAGCUAAAUGCUGUUUUUGGACCUGAUAGCAAUCUGCACCAGAGCCAGAUAGUCAGCACAAAAUUUACCACUGUUGGACUGCUCUACAAGAAUCCCAAGGACUGCUCACAAACGCUACUAAAUGGAGAGACUACCUCAGGACUAUACACCAUUUACCCUGGUGGAUAUGAUAAACUACCAGUGCUGGUGUACUGUGACAUGACCACUGAUGGAGGUGGCUGGCUGGUAGUCUUGAGGCGUCAGAAUGGAAAUCUUGAUUUCUACAGGAACUGGAAGAAUUACACCAGUGGAUUUGGUGAUGUGAAUAAUGAGUUCUGGCUAGGUCUUAGCAACCUUCACACAAUCACAGCAUCCAGCCAGUAUGAGCUCCGAGUGGACCUGAGGGAUGGCCAGGAGUCAGCCUAUGCUCAGUAUGACAGAUUAUAUGUUGGGGAACCUCGCAGUCGAUACAAACUGCAGACUGGUGCCUACAGUGGCACUGCAGGUGACUCUUUGAUAUAUCAUCAGAAUAGACCUUUCUCCACCUAUGACAAUGACAAUGACCUUGCCAUUACAAACUGCGCUCUAUCCUAUAAGGGUGCAUUCUGGUACAAAAACUGCCAUCAUGUGAACCUUAUGGGACGAUAUGGAGAUAACAGCCACAGCAAGGGCAUAAACUGGUUCCACUGGAAAGGCCAUGAACAUUCAAUUCCGUUUGUUGAAAUGAAGAUUCGACCAGUCAACUUUAGAAACUUGGAAGAUAGAUGAAAAUUGUCAUACUUUGUCAUGAAAGUCGGGUGUCAUGAAAGUCAGACCAUAUUUAAACAGAUAUAAUUAAUACCAAUACUAUAAAAAGUAUUUGGCCAACACAGAUUAUUCUAGAUCAUUCUAGCUCUAUAGGAGUGCUGCCCUUUAACUUCUUAUAUGGCUUUGUCUGUCAAAAUUAUUUGAAAUAAAACUUAUCUUGGCCUAGCAGAUUCUUUUAUUUGCAGUUUUAUUUUACAAAUGAAUAUUCAAGAAUUUGUUUUGUUUUUCUUGUUACAAAUGUCUUCUAUACUAUUACAAAGACAAUGUUAUUUUUGUGAUUGUUUUGCUAUUAAAUCAAAGAAACAUAAUUGACUGAUGAAAAUGUUGUCAAUACUAGUAAUACAUAAAAUCUGGAGCCUUGAGGAUCCAUGUUUUAAUUUUUUUUAUUGCAUGCCCACCAUGCAUCCAGCACAAAAGAAAAAUAUCUAUCACUAUCACCACUCUGUUUUUGAAUUAAAUAAUAAAAAUGUUUGUAAUUUUUCUAUUAUAAUGACAUGGUCCAAUGAAAUCAGAAAUCUGUACUGCUUUUUUAUUACUGUUUUGAAAAUUUAAAAAGAGGUCCUAUAAUUCCUUUGAAUAGAACGAAAUGUAUGGUAUCCUCUUAUAUUUCUUAAAUGUUUUAUGACUUUUGAAAUUUGAAAGACUGAACAUGUAAAACAAUGUAUUUGUUUAGUUUAUAAAAGAUUGAGGCCAUGGUAUUAACUACAACUCUUUGAAUCUAACAUCUUUACAUAAUAAUCAAAGCUUCUAUUGAAAUAAUGAUGAAAUCAAAAAUCAGUGAAAAAUCAGGAUCCAUUAAAAAAAGAAAAUAAUCCAGAUGCCCUUGCAAAAGCAUGAAAGUAAAAUAAAAGUUUGAGUGAGUAAAUAAAUUUGGCACACUGUCAUAUUUGUCUCAUGAUCCACAGUAUUAAGUACUUGUAUCCAAUGAUCUUGUGUAUAUAAAUAUAAAAGUCUGAUUUUAGAUGUUCAUCCCCUUUGCAAUGUCAGUAAAUUAAUUGUCAGAACCUACUGGAGACUCAUUCAUAUGUAUGAGCAAUUUGGGCAGACUACAUAAACUGUC